GCAUCAUUUCCGUGCACCUUAAAAAGGACAGCCUCGGCAACCUGACCCUGAUCGCCAGCCCCAGCCUGCAGACGGAGAGCUGCGGCCGGCUGGACAACGCCAUCGAUGACCCCUCGGUGACAAUAUGGCACAAGUGGGCUGCCAGCACCGGCAGCGAGCACGCGCUCGUCAAGUGGAGCCACACGCAGCUCACCAAGACCUUCAAAGACAGCUGCCCGGGGAAGAUGCUAUUGAGGACAGACCUUCAGUACCGCACAGAUUCACUUUUGGAAGAUGCAAACGGAAACCAGCCAGAAAGAAACAGCUACAACCCCUGGGGACUGCGCUGUCACAGGCAGCACCUGAACCGCAUGUCCUCCAAGCAUAAUGAGAACAAACUCCAUCAGUUUCUAUUGCUUGAAAACGUGGUGUCAAAAUACAACUAUCCCUGCAUCCUGGACUUGAAGAUGGGAACCCGGCAGCAUGGCGAUGACGCCUCGGAGGAGAAGAAAGCCCGGCACAUCAAGAAGUGUGAGCAAAGCACCUCUGCAUCCCUGGGCGUUCGCAUCUGCGGGAUGCAGGUUUACCAAGCAGACACUGGCCAUUUUCUCUGCAAAGAUAAGUAUCACGGCAGGAAACUCUCCCCGGAGGGAUUCAGGCAAACCUUGCGCCAGUUCCUGUGCAACGGGAACCACCUGCGAACGGAUCUCCUGGAGCCCAUCAUCCUGCGGCUCAAAGCUCUGCUCUCGGUUAUCAGGAAGCAAAGCUCUUACAGGUUCUACUCCAGCUCCCUCCUCAUCAUUUAUGAAGGGCAGGAGCACAAAGAGAACACGGCACACUUGGAUAACCACCUUCACUUCCAAAAACCAAACUGCACCGCGUCCCACGGCGCUCAUCACGCCAGGGUUGACGUCCGCAUGAUAGACUUUGCCCACACCACGUUCAAAGGCUCCAAAUGCAACCACACCACUUACGACGGGCCAGACCACGGCUAUAUUUUUGGCUUGGAAAAUCUCAUUAAAAUCCUUCAGAAUAUCUCAGAAGGCAAAUGA